UUUAAUCUCACUUACUCCCUAAUUGAAUGUUACUAGUUGUGGAUGGAAGCAGCAGCCGUAACUUAUGUCAGUAGCAGUCUGUAUGUAUAUUCGGUAAAAAAAGACCUAAAAUGGAGUUUGGAGUUGUCUCCAUUCGUCACGAGCUGCUCCAUUAUCAGUUAUCACUCACUCCCACACAUAUAAACACAUCUCCUCCUAACUAACUCGACUAUCUUCUCAAAAUGCCACCACCAACAACAAUCGACAUCGCCGCCGCCCGCGAUCUCGCCGCCGCAAUCCACCGCCACAUGCACGCCGUCCUCGCCAACAAAUCCCUAAAACACAAAUGCUUCUCCAAGCUCAACAUCCAAUCCCAGGAAUUCUUCGAAUUCUCCGACCACUCCGUCCUCUCCAACCUCUACUGGGGCGUCGACAACGCGGAGGCGGCGCUCGAUUCACACUCCUACGAAGAAAGAGAGAGCAGGCUCGACGCCUCCGAGAAAAUGCUGCAGAUCCCGGCCUCCCUGGACGGCAGCGGCGCCACCUUAGGGAUCCCCAACGCCUACCUCGUCUGCUCCUCCUACCUCUACCUCGCCGCCGUCGAGUUCACGCGCGCCCACCAGUGGCGCGGCGCAGCGCAUUUCCUUCAGGCUGUCUCGAUUAGUCCGAGGAUUGUGUGCCGUGAAUUCGCGCCGGGAAUAUGGCGGGAGCUUGUGCCGCUGUUUGUGGGGGAAUCGAUGGGCUUGUCUGUGCCGUUGGAUGAGUUUGACGAUGGGAUGAUCGACGAUGCCAUGAGAUGGAUUGCCCAAAGAUACAAGCCUUGGUUGAUGUACUACCAGAUCAUGUCCGCAGGGGAUUCCUGCCGGACCGACGCCGUUUCUACACCUUUGAGCGGAGUUCAAAAAUCGUGCGAGCAAAGAAAUGGAGUGAGAGCUAAUAAUCCUAAUCAACCUAAUACUCAUCAAGAAAGCGUAACUAACGACGUGCACGAAGAACCGCACGUCGUUAGUGGUGCCCCAACGUUGGAACGACGCCGGAGCAUGGAAGCACAAGCUAAGAGCAAUCCGAACACCAAAUGUGUCAAAGACAUACUAACGGAAUCCCAACCAGACACACCAAAAUCCUCAAUUUCAGACAACCUUUCCUCGGUUGAUGAUGAUACUUUCUCUGAGAGUUGUGGUGAAGAUGAAGAAGGAGAAUAUCUGAAUCACAUUGACUCACUAUCUUGGAAUGCAAGAACAUCCAUUGGCAAGAAGAGGAGAGGAUCUCUUAACAUUGAUGAAACAAACAUGGAAUGUAUUCACAGGAGUUUCUCCACUUCAGGCCUCAGAUCAACAUAUCAGUAUGCUCCCCAUCACGGUGUAUGGAGAAGGGCAAAGAGCCUAAGCUCCCAAGCCACGCAACGGCUAGAGGAAACCGAACAAAAUGGAGUAGUCGAGAGAAUAAUCUCCAAGCUCUGCUUCACUGAAGAGCUCGGCAAAACUGAGGUAGACUACACCGUGGAAAUAAACACCAUCUACCAAGCGUUAAACACAAAGACAGGCCUCAAAUACUCCCUUUUAAAAGACAUGAUUUUAGAUCAUCUCAUUAUAUCAAUCUCUACCUCAAAAGAGGACAUGGUAGUAAGGACAUCACUAGCCAUACUCUCCACUAUUAUCACUUCCAACACAUCCGCCGUGGACGACAUUAAACGAAAAGGGCUGCACCUACACGACCUAGCUGCAGCCCUCAAACGUCGUAUGCACGAGGCAGCCAUUGUCAUCUACCUCAUCAACCCACCGCCCGCAGAGGUUAGAACGCUCGAGCUCCUUCCCUGCCUCGUGGAGGUAGUCUGCACUGCCUCCACGAGCCAUAGGGUGGGGCCGAUCACCCCUCCCGCUGCCUCAUUGAUGAUCAUAGAGAGAAUGGUGACCUCGUUCGACCCUGAGACGAACAGCGCGUAUCUGGCAGAGAUCACCCCGCCUGGGGUGCUCUCUGCCCUCGUUCGUGCCCCGAGGAAGGACCACCUCGAUGAGGUCGCCUCCUUGGCUCUUAUACUAGCAAAGAGUAUGUGCUUUGAUGGGAAAUGUAGGAGAUACAUAUCCCAAAUAUCCCACACAACGACAUUAGUCUCCCUCCUUUCGAGCAACCAAGAAAGAGCUGCCUCUGCUGCUCUCGAGUUCUUCAACGAGUUGCUGAAAACGCCAAGAUCAUCUGCCAUAUCCUUAUUGGAGGAGAUGAGGAAACAAGGAAGCAGCAGCAAUUUGUGUGCUCUUUUCCUACUUGCACAGAAUUCUACUCCUGAAUACAGAGUUCUAGCAGCAAAUGUACUACUACAGCUAGAAGUUUUUGAAGAUACAUCUGCAAAAUCCACGUAUGGUGAAGAAGCGGCAGAGGCCCUCUUCGAAGCAUUGCAACGCGAAGAAUUCCCACAAACACAAGCUCUUUCAUCGUUCAUCCUAGCAAAUCUUGGUGGGACUUUUUCUUGGACAGGAGAGGCCUACACAAUGGCUUGGCUGGUGAGGAAAACUGGCUUAAACUUAUCACAGCAUAAGAAUAUGAUCAAAACCUAUGACUUUCUUGAUCAAAGUUUGCAGGAUGGUGGAGUAGACUCAUGGUGCAGCAAGAUCGCGCAGCGGAUACUGCAGCUAGGGACACGUGUCUUUGAGGCAUUGGACAAGGGACUAAAAAGCAAGAUAAGAAGAGUUGCAAGGGAAAGUUUGGUAGCUACUGCUUGGUUAGGGCUUGAGCUCAUGAAAGGCCAUGAUGAACUGAGGCAUGCUGCUUGUGAGAUCCUGCUGCAUAGCAUCGAGCAGUUCGUGCAUCCUGGUUUUGAGCUUGAGGAACGCCUCUUGGCUUGCUUGUGCAUCUACAACUACACUUCAGGCAGAGGGAUGAAGAGGAUCAUGAGUCUAUCAGAAGGCGUUAGAGAAUCACUUAGACGUUUGUCGAAUGUGACUUGGAUGGCUGAGGAAUUGCUCAAAGUGGCUGACUAUUUCCAGCCAAAUAAGUGGCGUAUAUCGUGUGUUCAUAGCCAGAUCUUGGAGGCGGGGACUAAAUGUAGUGCAGCUGUGACUGCACUUAUUUACUACAAGGGCUAUUUAUGCAGUGGAUAUGCUGAUGGAUCUAUUAAGGCGUGGGAGGUAAAGGGUCAGACCGUGACACUUGUGCUUGAGAGGAAGGAGCACAGAAAGGCUGUAACAUGCUUGGGUCUCUAUGAUCCGGGGAGCUGCCUCUUGAGUGGCUCACCUGAUAAAACUAUCAAGAUGUGGCAAAUGAAGCAGAGGAAUCUUGAAUGUAUUGAAGUGAUACCUACAAAGGAAUCUAUCAGAAGCAUAGAUUCUUUAGGGGAACUGAUUUUUGUUACUACUCAAAGCCAUAAAUUGAAGGUGAUUGAUGGUUCAAGAAAAGCAAGAGACGUGGUCAAGAACAAGAACGUAAAAUGCAUGAGAGUGGCGCAGGGAAAGGUCUACGCAGGGUGCGUUGAUUCAAGCAUUUUGGAGGUGAUGAUAAGUAACAACCGGCAACAAGAGAUCAAAGGGCCAUCAAAGGGCUGGAUGCAGAACAAACCUAUUAGGUCUCUUUCUUUGUAUAAAGACUGGUUGUAUAGUGCAAGCUCAGCCAUUGAGGGGGCAAAGAUGAAGGAAUGGAGACGAAGCAGCCGGCCUCAAACAUCAGUGGUGCCGGAGAAAGGAUCAAGCAUUCUAGCAAUGGAAGUUGUGGAGGAUUUCAUCUACUUAAACUGUAGCACAUCAAUGAGCAGCUUGCAGAUAUGGUUGAGAGGGACACAACAAAAAGUUGGAAGGCUAUCAGCAGGGAGCAAGAUUACAAGCAUACUUUCUGCCAAUGACAUGAUUCUUUGUGGCACUGAGAAAGGAGUGAUUAAGGGAUGGAUCCCUCUUUAGAGGAAGAUGAGCGGUGACAAUUGCACUAUUUUUUUGGUGAUUCUUAUGGAUUUUGGGCAGAAAUACAAUUUUUGGUGUAAAUAUAGAGAUGAAGUCCAUGUAAAUUGUUUGUGAUAUAAGCGUGUAAAUUGAUUGAAUACCUCUAAAAGUCCAUAGUGAAUGUGUAUUCAUUGUUUUUCUUUAA